CACAUGGUCAUGACCUCAUCAAAGGACCUCCCGCUCCCUGGGAUUCAGCAUCUACUGUGAGGCGUAACUGAAGGACUACAACUCCCACAACUCCCUGCGGCGCCGUUCUUUUGAUUGUUCAUGUUGCCCGGGUAACAGAGGGAAGAUGGCAGUGUGCGGUUGAUCUGUGGAAAGUAAGGAGAGCGGCGGCUGGAUGACAGAGUUUACCUGGGGCUCCUGACGUCAUCCACCCAACACCACAGCCUGUUGAGAGCGGGUCCCAGCAGAAAAUCUGUCGGGCAGUGACGCCAUCAUGCUCGGAGCGAUGACCUCAUUCUAAAUCGUUUCCUGUGAAAUCCGGUAGUAAGGUUCUGCAGGUAUGUCACUUUUUAAAGCCCGUGAUUGGUGGUCCACCACACUCGGAGAAAAUGAAGAAUUUGAUCAAGGAUGUUUGUCUGUAGCCGAUGUUGACAACAGUGGUUCAGGACAAGACAAAAUCAUUGUUGGGAGUUACAGUGGAGUCCUCCGCAUAUUUUCUCCUCAUGUAUCCAAAGCUGGAGAUGGAAUUCAGGCUGAAGAUUUGUUGCUUGAGGUUCAGCUACGUGAUCCAGUUCUCCAAGUAGAAGUGGGAAAGUUUGUUUCGGGUACAGAACUUCUUCAUCUUGCUUUGUUACACCCAAAAAAGCUAUGUGUUUAUUCAGUCUCAGGUACCUUAGGAAAUGUGGAACAUGGAAACCAAUAUCAGAUUAAACUGAUGUAUGAACAUAAUCUUCAGCGGGCAGCUUGCAACAUGACUCAUGGCCCAUUUGGAGGAGUCAAAGGUCGAGAUUUGAUUUGUAUCCAGUCAAUGGAUGGGAUGCUUAUGUUCUUUGAGCAGGAGAGCUAUGCAUUUGGACGUUACCUGCCAGGAUUUCUCUUACCAGGUCCCCUGAGAUACAGCCCUAAAACAGAUUCCUUUGUUACUGUCUCUUCUUGCCGACAACUUGAAAGCUACAAAUAUCAGGUGCUUGCUGUUGCAACAGAUGCAGAUACUAAAAAGGAGAUAGAGCCACAAAAGAUUGGUUCAGGAAAGAAGCUCUUGGCCGACUGGAUCCUGAACAUAGGUGAACAGGCCUUGGAUAUCAGCAUAGUUUCUUUUAAUCACACAAGUUUCUCAAUAUUUGUACUUGGCGAGAGAAACUUCUUCUGCCUCAAAGAGAACGGACAGAUCCGCUUCAUGAAAAAGCUUGAGUACAGUCCAAGUUGCUUUCUUCCAUAUUGUUCAGUGAGUGAAGGGACAAUAAACAGUUUGGUCGGAAACCAUAAUAACAUGUUACUUGUGUACCAGGAUGUGACACUGCGGUGGGCGGCUCAGCUUCCGCACAUUCCUGUUGCAGUAAAAGUUGCCAAUUUCCAGGACAUGAAAGGAAUCAUUGUCACACUAAGUGACAGUGGUCACUUACAGUGCUCCUACUUCGGGACAGAUCCGUCUCUUUUUCAAGCUCCUAAAGUGGAAUCCAGGGACAUAAAUUAUGAAGAGCUGGAUAUUGAAAUGAAAGAACUUCAGAAAAUUAUCAAAGAGGCUACAAAAACACAAGAUGUUUUGCCAAAAAUUGAAAAAGAAGACGACUUAACUAUACUGGCCAAUGUAUCUCCUGUUCUUGAUUCUGUGUCGCAAGCUGUAGACAGUGCUGUGGAGUCUGAAGCUGUCCCUUCGGUCACAGUGAAGUUCUGUAUACGGACUAGGCUGCAUGUACAGAAGACCGUGCUGUCCAUAAGUGUCCCUCCCUUUCUAGCUCUGACUCAGGAUCAAUUCAUUUUUUAUUCUAUUGAACCAGGAAUGUCUAAAUCUGUUAGUGUUUCUGUGUUCCUGAAGGGGAACUGUCCUCCAUCAGAUCUUGAAGGAAGUGCAGUUGUUUCAUACAGCACACCCACAGAACUGAACCCUGAAGGUGUUCCUCGAGUUGCACAGUGUACAUUCCGGCUUCCUUUACGACUUGUUUGUUUACCUAUACAACCAUCAAAAGCAGCAAACCACAAAUUGACAAUAGACACUAACAAACCUCCUGUUAAUCUGGUUAACCUGUUCCCAGACUUUGUAGAACGUGGUGAUGAUGACCAAGUCAGUGUCUUAGGAUUCCAAUUACUUGCUGGACAAAAAGUUGCACUCCUUGCGUCCAAGACUUCACAGAGAUACAGAAUCCAGAGUGAAAAGUUUGAGGAUCUUUGGCUUAUUACAAAAGAGCUCAUCGUGCGCUUUGAAGAGUAUUUCCUAAAGCAAGGCAUUAAAGAUUUUACAUGUUCCUUUGCUGGACCAAUUCCACUACAAGAAUACUUUGAGCUUAUCGACCAACACUUUGAGUUGCGAAUGAAUACAGAUAAAUAUGAAAAACUAUUAUCGGAACGGGCUUUACAAUUUCGUGCAAUUCAAAAACUGUUGUUGACAAGGUUCAAAGAUAAGACGCCUGCUCCACUUCAAAAUCUUGACACUUUACUGGAUGGAACCUACAGGCAGGUUAUAGGUAUAGCGGAUGCAACUGAAGAACUGCAGACCGGCCUCUUCCGGGCAUUUGUAAAGCUGAAGACUGCAACACAGCUGAUAAUUUUACUGAUUGGACUAUGGCAGAAACUCAGCAAAGAUCAAAUCAGCAUUUUGGAAUCCACCUUUUUAACAUUACAACAGGAUGGUCAAGAAUUGGGUUGGGAAGAAUCAGUGGAUGCUGCAUUAUCUCACCUCUUAAAGACGUGCUUAUCUAAGAGUUCUAAAGAGCAAGCAUUAAACCUCACCAGCCAGUUGAGCAUUCCAAAAGAUACCUCCAAGUUGAAGAAACACAUAACCUUAUUGUGUGAUAGACUGGCCAAAGGCGGCAGAUUGUCUUUAAGUGCUGAUUCUGGAUCUCAGCAGUCUGUUCUCAUGCCAGGAUUCAGUGUGAACUCUCCAAUAUCUCUGGGAAAUGCAUAGUUUUCAUCUAUUUGUGGUUUAUUAGUACAGUUUUUAUUUUUAAAAGUUAUACAUGAUCAGGAGUUAUGUAAUGUGUCCUAACAUUAUGCACUGGCGUCAAUAGGAGAAACCAUGGACCCUCAGGAUGCAAAAAUUGAAAUCUAAUCUCAACAGUAACGCUACUUACAGUGAGUGGACUUCUUCGGAGUGGAGAUGCCUGGUCCAUCUUUGUUGCUGUUUGCAAGAUUUCAACUGUGAACUGGUAUAUGUGAAUUUCGGAAAACGUCUCCCAAGUUGAUGCCCAUAAAAGCAAAUUAUCCUACGAGGAUCUCAAAAUCUGUUUUCAUAUUUAUUAUUAUUUUCUGUGCAUGUUUUAGUGUAGAACAUGUUUACAAUUUGAUUAUACAUUUCUACCCAUUUGCAGUUACAAGCUAGAGAUGGUUUCUAAAAUAUUGUUUCUGCUUUUAAUAAAUAGCUCAAAUAGGUCAUCUUGUGUUAUCAGCUACUUCCGAUUCAGGACCAUGUAUCAUAUUUUGAGUUAUGUGAUGAAUGAAAAUGUUUCUCUUUUUUUUAUUACUACCGUAUAUACUCGAGUGUAAGCCGACCCGAAUAUAAGCCAAGGCCCCUAAUUUCACCCCAAGAACCCAGGAAAAGUUAUUGACUCGACUAUAAGCCUAGGGUGGGAAAUACAUCAUCCCCCCAUGUCAUCAUCCAGACCCGCAUCAUCAUCCAGACCCCCGUCAUCAUCACUGCCUGUCAAUCCCUUCAUCAGUGGUUUUCAACCUGCGGACCUCCAGAUGGUGCAAAACUACAACUCCCAGCAUGCCCGAACAGCCAUCGGCUGUCCGGGCAUGCUGGGAGUUGUAGUUUUGAAACCUCUGGAGGUCCGCAGGUUGAAGACCACUGAGAAGGGAUUGACAGGCGGAGAGUUCACUCGAGUAUAAGCCGAGGGGGCUUUUUCAGCACGAAAAAUCGUGCUGAAAAACUCGGCUUAUACUCGAGUAUAUACGGUAUAUGUUGACAUAUUUGCUCAUAAAUGUAAGCUGCGUAUUCCCAAAUAGAAAAUGUAUAGUUAACAUUAUUCUAUGAAGCCAUAAUGUGAGCACUUGCAAUAUAAUGGCUGCUUACUAAUAGAUUUUCUCAUAGGAAUACCCUUUUAAUGCUAUAAGUGGCAUAUUUUCUGUAUAUGUUAUUUGACAGAUCUACUCUUUUAGACUUAAUAUUCAAUGUGGUGUAUACUACGCUAGAGCUAUGCUUGGAUUUUUUUGCAUUAAAGGAGUACUCUGGCGCACUUUUUUUUUUCCUUUUAUCCCGUCUGGGCUGCAAAAUAAAAGAAAACACACUUUCUCUUACCUGCCAACGAGCUCCCGGAGCUCCGGUACAGGUGUUCGGUCCCCGGGCUGUAUUCUUCUCACUUCCUGUUAGGCUGAAGCUCCGUGUGACGUGCCGGGCUAUCACCGGCCGCAGUGAUGUCCCACCUCGGCUGGUGAUAGGCUGAAGCUCCGUGUGACGUGCCGGGCUAACAGGAAGUAAGAAGAAUACAGCCCGGGGACCGAACACCCGUACCGGAGUGUACCGGAGCAUCGGGGGCUCGUUGGCAGGUAAGAGAAAGUUUGUUUUCUUUUAUUUUGCAGCCCGGACAAGAUAAAAGGAAAAAAGUGCGCGCCGGAGUACUCCUUUAAGCAUUUUCUAGAUUACUUGCCUAUACAGACGACUACAUAGAGAACCAUGACAAAAAGCAGGGUGUGUACAAAACAUUGUCUGAGAAGGCAAGGUAUGUGUGAGCAAUAUAUAUUGGGUUGUACAGAAUGCUGAGAUUGCCAUGUCAUUUUUUAUUACCUUCUGUACUUGAAAUAUUUUUUACCAUUAUUUAAUUUAGAAACAAAUAAAUUUUUUCCCUUAUAA